CCUCUCUUCACAAUUAAUAAAGCACAAAUAAAAAAAACUUUCUGAGGAAGAAGACGACACAGUGCGAGAAAACAAUCAAAACUUUGAAUCGAGAUUCGAUUGAUCAGUAAAUGGAGGAUACGAUUUCAAACCCUAGCAUGGAACCUCUGUUAUUUUCCGUUGAUCCAAUCUCUCUCCUACUCUCUCAAAACUCCGAUAACAACAGUCUCUGCAAAUUCGAGCGAGGACCCAGAUAUGGAGAAUACGCGAGAUUACGAGAAUCGAAGCUUCGUUUGAAACGAGAGUACGAGAAGAUACUAAAGGAAGAAGAAGAGAGGUUUUUCGGCGGAGAUCAGACGAGAAAGAAACCGGCUACGAAACAAGCGAGAUUUGGUUUCAGAGGAGGAGGAGAAGAAGAAAUUAGAGUUUUUUCGCCGGAGAAGAACAAUAAACAGACGAGAUUCGGGUUUAAUUAUAAUCCGGCGGCUAAUCCGAAUCCUCGGAGAAUGUCGUCGUCGUCUUCAUCUUCGUUGGCUCAAUCUGUGCCUGAUUUCUCUGCGAUGAUUCGCAAGGAAAAUCGCCGGCCGGUUAAUUCGAAUUUGCUUCCCCGGAGAACAGAGCUUACUCCGCCGUCGAAUAAAAGCAGAAACGCCGCCGUUUUCGCCGGCUCGGCGAGAGGAAGCAUGAGUGCAGGGGAGAAGAAGAGCAAAGCGAUGAUGGGUAUGGCGCGAAAGAGCUACGCCACCGUCGAAGAUCUCAAAAAAAUAUCAAUGGCUGCAGCUUCCGCCAUUAAUGGCGGCGGCGGAGGAGGAAGGAAAUCAAUCGGCGGCGCCGGAGAAGGACGGAAAUCACUCGGCGGCGGUGGUCGGACUAUCCUUGGCUACCGACAAAUCUACUGAUUCUUUGAAAUUUGUGUGCCCAAUCUCACGAUUUGAUAUAUUUUUCUACGAUUUGAAUCUUUUUUUUAGGUUUUGAUUGAUAAAGAUUAGUCCUUUUUCUGGUUUUGGUGAUUGAUAAAGAUUGGUCCUUUUUUUCUGGUGUUGGUUU